AUGGCCGCGAAGUGCAAGGGCGUCAGCGAGGAGACCACCACUGGCGUCCACAGGCUGAAGGAGAUGGCUGCGAAGGGCGAGCUCCUGUUCCCAGCCAUCAACGUUAACGAUUGUGUGACCAAGUCCAAGUUCGAUAAUGUCUACGGGUGCAGGCAUUCGCUGCCAGAUGGUAUCAUGCGUGCCACCGACGUGAUGAUCGGGGGCAAGCGUGCGCUGAUCUGUGGUUAUGGUGAUGUGGGCAAGGGUUGCGCGUUCGCCAUGCGCGGUGCUGGUGCCAGGGUGCUGAUCACUGAGUGUGACCCCAUCUGUGCGCUCCAGGCAUGCAUGGAGGGCUUCCAGGUGGUUACGAUGGAGAGCGUUGUCGGCGAGAUCGACAUCUUCACGACCACCACAGGAAACUUCAAGAUCAUCACGCUGGAGCACAUGAAGAAGAUGAAGAACAACGCCAUUGUCGGCAACAUUGGCCACUUUGAUAACGAGAUCGAGAUGGAAAAUCUGGAGAAGUUCGAAGGCAUCAAGGUGGAGAACAUCAAGCCGCAGGUUGACCGCUACGUCUUCCCAGACGGGCACGGCAUCAUCGUCCUGGCGGCUGGGCGGCUGCUCAACCUCGGCUGCGCCACUGGACACCCGUCCUUCGUGAUGUCCUGCUCGUUCACGAACCAGGUCCUCGCGCAGAUUGACCUGCUCACGGCGAAGGAGAAGGGCUACAAGAACAACGUGUACCUCCUCCCCAAAGACCUCGACGAGAAGGUUGCCAGCCUGCACCUGCCGGCGCUCGGUGCACAGCUCACGACCCUCACGAAGGAGCAGGCCGACUACAUCGGUGUGAAGGCCACUGGCCCCUUCAAGCCUGACACGUACCGGUACUAG